AUCGAUCCGAGCAGGACUCGCCGGAUUCUAGAUCUUGCGUUCGACGUGAAGCAGAAACAGCUGUAGUUUUAGUUGGUUACACGAAGUCAGUGUCGUCCGUCGCGGCCAGACAGAAUUCACACAUUCCUUUCGGUAAUAUUCACGGAUUUUUCGCGUUUUUGCGUCGGUUUCGCCAUUGAAUGUCGUUCGCAAUGAUGUUUUGUGCGAGUUUCUAUUGACUUUUGCCAUAUUUGCCGAUCCGUAUUACCUCAAACCGAAUUAAUAGCGGCUGGCUGAUUGUGAGGGCAAUCUGGUUUAGAAAAAAGCCUUAACCCUCGUGCUGUGUCAAAGACGAUGAUCUUUCGAGCAUGGACCACUUCGGCCGGCUGACAUGCACCGGCUCGACGUCGUCCACCCAACGACGCAAAUUCUCAAAAUGGGUUUUCCUCACAUUGCUCUUCUUCAUCUUGGAUCCGACGUCCUCCCAUGCCCGGCACGGCGCCGUCAUUACAGCGCCGCCAGGCUGCGUGUUUGUCAAAAUUUCCCUUCUGCGCUGCCAGGAUCGCUCUGGAGACGGCCUGGGGCUACCAAACGACGUCACUCACUUAGAGCUGAAGAAUGUCACCGAAGCGAGCGUGAACUUGAAGUUUGUGAGACACUUGCAAUGGACCCAAAGUGGUCUCAGUCACGUGAAGGAACAUUUAGUCAAUCCCGAAGGUCUGCGGACGAUAGACUUAAGCGAAAAUGCCAUACGCGACUUAGAAAAUUACCAGUUCGAUAACUACACUAGUCUAGUUCACAUGAAUCUCUCAUUCAAUAAUAUCACGGACUUGCCACGAUACGUAUUCAGAAAUCAGAAGCUUAAAACGCUUAGUCUUAGCCACAACCAUUUGCAGGCGCUGCCAUUUCAGGUAUUCGCUAUGGAGCACAUGACCGAACUAGACCUAAGCUACAACUACCUCGCCACCUUCCUAGACCAUUUCUUCAAAUUCAACAAAUACAUCGAAAUCUUGCUCCUGAAUAAUAAUCGCAUCGCGAAACUAACCUCCAAUGCUUUGGCUGAUCUUACCGAUCUGAGAAGGUUGGACUUGAGCAACAACGCCUUGGGCCACAUCGCCAAAGGCUUGUUCGACUCACUCAACAAGCUGGAGUACUUAAACUUAGCCUACAACCCUCUAACGAACUUGGCCAGCGGAACUUUCAGAGGCUUGAGGAACCUCUUGGAGCUGGACUUAAGCGGCAAUAAAUUUACGCAUUUGACUUUCGGACUGAUGCACUUUAGUCAGCAUUUGUUGUCGCUGACUUUGGACGACACGGCUAUUGAGGAACUUCACAAUUCUGAGCUGCUCGGAGUGCCGUCACUGAAAAAUCUUUCAUUGAGAAACAACAAAAGACUGAGGGAGAUGGAGAACUAUGUUCUGGCUGAUACGCCAGUACUGGAAGUUUUGGACAUUAGCGGAAACGCCUUGACGUAUUUGCCGUCCAGUGUUAGCAACUUGACCAGACUGCGCCACCUAAACAUCUCAGAAAACCCAUGGGCGUGCGACUGUCGGAUGUACUGGUUUGCGGGGUGGGCAGAGGCGCACCAGAACAUCACAAAGUCUGAACUGACCUGCGGCCCCGACGCCUACCCGAAUGAUAUGCUGCCCACCCUGCACCACUUGAACUGCACCAGACCACAGAUUGUCUUCAAGACGCCCACCCAACUGUACAGACUCAGAGCGGACGCUUUGUUGGAGUGCAGAUAUUCAGCCUACCCUCCUCCGUCUAUAACUUGGAUCACCCCGAAACGGGAAGUGUUCCAUUGGAACCCCGAUUCCGGAAUUCCGGAUAUCUUCAAAAAGCACCCGUAUGCUCAUGAUAACUACAUGACACCGUUGAGAAUUAUUCCACCUAGAAUCCAGGUGUUGGACAAUGGGACCCUUUGGAUUCGUAACGUAACACGCAGCGAUUGUGGCCGAUAUUACUGCUACGCAAGCAAUCCGGUAGCCAACCAUACCGAAGAUGUACUGUUACAUAUCGACCCCACAGAUUGGAACCAUAUCCGCAUUGUGAGCCUUAUUGUAGGCACACAAAGCGCCAGUGGAUUCCUAGGGCUCACGCUCAUCGUUCAGUUCCUACGUUAUAUACUCAAUAAGUUCGGAAUCCUAAACAAUUUCUGCAGCUUCUGCAAACGCGACAAGGUGUCGCCAAGGGCAAGGCAAAUCUACGCCAUGCUGGAUAACAUCGAGCAAUACAAGUCGCAGCAACUGGAAAAGUUGCGAGAAAACUACACACAACAGGUUAAUCGAAUCAAAGACAAUUGUGCACAGCAAAUGGAAUGGAUCCAGGGCAGCUACCAAGCGCAAACCAAACACCUGAAAGACUUCCGGGACAUUGGAAGCCAGCAUUUGUCGACUUUGAGAGGCCAAUAUUGCGACCAGGUGAGGAAAGUUCGCGACUAUUCCACCAGCCAGCUGAAUUGGGUGCGCGAGAACUACGUCUUCCAACGUAACAAAAUCCGCAAAUUCAGCGCCCACAAAGUGCUGCAGCUCCGUGAAACCUACAAGUACCAACAGCAGACGCUAAACAAAGUUCUGGAAAACCUUCCUAGUUUGUAUUUCGAAAAUUGCCGAGCUGGCACUUGUGGACGGGCCGAGAGCUUGGUGUUUGAUCCAGCUGAUUUGGAAAGCGUCGAUUUCUACAUUAAAACGAAAAUCGAAAAGCUGAGCAACUUGGAUGAAGGAGAUAUGGAAGAUAUGAACCAGAGUAGAUUGUCGCUCUAUUACACGCCUACUGAGCGGUCGUUGGGUUCGAAAGUGUUGUCGCCCAUAGAUGACGUUCUAGCCGGAGUUCACAUCAACUACAUCGAAAACAGGCCCGAAAUGCCGAUAUUGGAAGGGCCUUCGACCUCCCAAGGCGCUUAUGUGAAUCCUGAAAGUCCAGUGCGCGAAAUUAUGGACGACUCGGUUAGUGUGAACAUGUUGCCUGAUGAUGCCGAAUUUGUGCAAGUGAUUACAACUAGUAGCAGCUCGCAGAACUUGCAAAUUCUGAAUGGAGACAUCCCAAAACAUGUCGAGAACAAUAGAGUGACUCAUGAAACAUCUUUGUAAGUAAUGUGACUAAAUAUUUCCAACAAAUGUUCAAUUUCGACUAUAAGCAACCACCUGAACACCCGAAGCUUGUUUUGAUCAGGCAAGUACAUAUGGAAGAUCUUCUCCAACAAGGUGUGAUGUUCAAAAAUGUGAUCUACAAUGUUUCAACAGGGUUUUAAAUGUUUAUUUUAACAUAGAAGAAAAGUUGUUCAAGUUGUUCGUGUUGUGGCUAGAAAUUGUUGGAUCUCUUCAGAAGCAUUUUCGAGCUGAAUUAUGCCAAAAAACCAAAUUAUCAAAUUCAUGGACAAUAAAUAAGCUUUGUUUUAAAUGACGAUUCAGUGAUAUCUGAAGCUUCAUAGUGCAGUUUUUCAACCCGUUGAUUUGCUAUUACAUUUUCAAACCAAUAUGAUUAAUUUAAGCUUGUAAACUUCUAUCUUAUGUUUAAGACUUAGUCGAGUUUUUUUACACAUUUUAAUCACUUGAAAAUUGUAUGAAAUUUGCUGACGUGUACAUAACAACCAAUUGCUUCAAAGACUGACAAGUUAAUUUACAGAAAAUUCAACCACAGACAAAAUAUUUUGCUUAGUGCGUCAGUCAAACUACAGAAAAAAACUUUGCAUAUCUAGGCUCUUGAUUAAACGACUAAAUCGAAAUUUUAUGUAGUUUAGCAUUAGCUACAAAAAUGUACCUUUUCUAGACCACUAUAUUAUCUCACUAGUGCACUGGUUACUUGAGCUGCAAAACUUAUUUAUACGGUAACCUAAUCUUAAGUCUAGUGCUGUAGCGGGAUAUUAAAUUUUAAACAGAAUUUUCAUGUUCUUUCUAUUCAUAGGCAAUUUAAUUUCGGAUUUCGGAUACUCCAUAGGGUUGUAAGUUUAAUUUUCAUUAUUCUAAGGGUACCAAGUUUCCAAUGUUGUGGUAAGAGUUCUAUUUUUCUGAAAGGCGAGAUCUGCUCUAUUGUUAUAAUCUUAAUGCAAGACGAAUUUUCUCUUGUAAUAUUGGCCGCGAUGGUUAAUUAAUAAUAAAACGGUAGCGUUAAUAUA